AAGGCAUGAACUGUAAAAUUUGAAGUGUACCACCAAAUCAAAUCCAGCUGACGAAUCCUAUGAUGUUCAGCUCAAUUUAUAAAACCCACUCCCUCUACUGUGCUUCCAGCUCCCUUCUCACACUCCUCUCACUUUCACUUGCUCCAAUGCCUCCCUCUCCCCCAUUUUCCUCUCGCCUUCUUCUCCUUUCACUUCUGCUUCUCUUCUGCAAUGGAGUCCAUUCCAAAUCUAAAUCUCCCUCCUCCCCUGUUUCUUCCAAAAUUGGACAGGGCUACCGUUUAAUCUCUGUUCAACAAACCCCCGAUGGUGCUCUCUUGGGUCGCCUCCAAGUUAAGCAACCCAACAAGAUUUAUGGCCCUGAUAUCCCUUACUUACAGCUCUUUGUCAAGCAUGAGACAAACGACCGCUUGAGGGUUCACAUCACCGACGCGGAGAAGCAGAGAUGGGAGGUGCCGUACAAUCUCCUACCGAGAGAGCAGCCGCCGGUGUCGAAACAGACCAUCGGAAAAUCGACAGAAAACUCCAUUACAGGGUCGGAGUACGUCGGCAGUAAACUAAUCUUCAGCUAUAAAUCGGACCCAUUUUCGUUCGUGGUGAAAAGGAAAUCAAACGGUGAAACCCUUUUCGAUUCGAGCUGUUCUGAAUCAGACCCAUAUAGCAGUUUGGUGUUUAAAGAUCAAUAUCUUGAGAUUUCAACGAAAUUACCGGAAGAGGCUUCGCUGUACGGGCUAGGGGAGAACACGCAGCCGCAUGGGAUUAAACUGUACCCGAACGAGCCUUACACUCUGUACACAACGGAUGCGUCGGCCAUAAAUCUAAACAUGGACCUUUAUGGGUCUCACCCGGUGUACAUGGACCUGAGAAAUGAAGGGGGGAAGGCGUCGGCACACGCGGUGCUGCUACUGAAUAGCAAUGGGAUGGAUGUGUUUUACAGAGGGAAGUCUUUGACGUACAAGAUCAUUGGAGGGGUUUUGGAUUUUUACUUCUUUUCUGGGCCUUCACCACUUGACGUUGUUCAACAGUACACUUCACUCAUCGGCAAACCUGCUCCCAUGCCUUACUGGGCCUUCGGAUUUCACCAAUGUAGAUGGGGUUACCAUAACUUAUCUGUUGUUGAGGAUGUUGUUGAGAAUUAUAAAAAGGCUAAAAUUCCUCUCGACGUUAUUUGGAACGAUGAUGAUCACAUGGAAGGACACAAGGAUUUCACUCUCAACCCGGUUAAUUAUCCGCGUCAGAAGCUUCUAGCUUUCCUAGACAAGAUACAUAGUAUAGGCAUGAAGUAUAUUGUGAUUAUCGACCCGGGCAUUGCUGUUAAUUCUAGUUAUGGCGUGCAUCAAAGGGGUAUGGAAAAAGACGUUUUCAUUAAGUAUGAGGGUGAACCAUACUUGGCUCAAGUUUGGCCUGGCGCUGUGAACUUCCCUGACUACCUUAAUCCCCAAACUGUUUCGUGGUGGAUCGAUGAGGUACAUCGCUUCCAUGAACUCGUCCCUGUUGAUGGCUUAUGGAUUGAUAUGAAUGAAGCCUCAAACUUCUGCUCAGGAUUGUGCAAAAUUCCUAAAGGGAAAAAGUGUCCUAGUGGAACUGGACCUGGUUGGAUUUGCUGCUUGGACUGCAAGAACAUUACGAAAACAAGAUGGGAUGAUCCACCAUACAAGAUAAAUGCUUCAGGAUUGCAGGUGCCCAUAGGCUUCAAAACCAUUGCAACCAGUGCAGUUCACUACAAUGGUGUUCUUGAGUACGACGCUCACAGUCUCUACGGCUUCUCUCAGUCCAUCGCAACGCACAAAGCCCUUCUCAGCCUCGAGGGAAAGAGGCCUUUUAUCCUUUCCCGCUCCACAUUCGUCGGUUCGGGCAAAUAUGCAGCUCAUUGGACUGGUGAUAACAAGGGAACAUGGAAUGACUUGAAGUACUCUAUUCCUACCAUGCUUAAUUUUGGUAUAUUUGGAGUGCCAAUGGUUGGUUCUGAUAUAUGUGGGUUCUAUCCAGCGCCCACAGAAGAACUAUGCAACCGUUGGAUCGAACUUGGCGCUUUCUAUCCAUUCUCGAGGGAUCAUGCCAAUUUCUAUUCCCCAAGACAGGAGCUUUAUCAGUGGGAAUCGGUUGCGAAAUCUGCCCGAAAUGCACUUGGGAUGAGGUAUAAGCUCUUACCGUAUCUAUAUACCUUGAACUACGAAGCUCAUAAUACCGGAGCGCCAAUUGCUCGACCGCUGUUCUUCUCAUUCCCAGAUCUUAAGGAGUGUUAUAAUGUGAGCACUCAAUUUUUGCUUGGGAGCAGUGUUUUGGUAUCCCCUGUUCUUGAUAAGGCAAAGACCAAAGUGAGUGCAAUGUUUCCUCCAGGCACUUGGUACAGCUUGUUUGAUAUGAGGCAAACUAUAGUCGUAAAAGAAGUUCAAUCUCUGUCUCUUCCUGCACCCUUGCAUGUUAUUAAUGUGCAUUUGUAUCAAAACACCAUUCUGCCAAUGCAGCAAGGUGGGUUGAUUUCGAAGGAAGCUCGAAAAACUCCAUUCACUUUCAUCGUGGCCUUCCCUGCCGAUGAAAGCGAAGGAGAGGCCAAGGGAACGCUGUUCCUCGAUGACGAUGAACGUCCAGAGAUUAAUCUUGGGGACGGUCUAUCGACGUACAUUGAACUCUAUGCAACUGUCAGCAAUGGGAGUGUUAAAGUAUGGUCUGCAGUUCAAGAAAGCAAAUUUGCUCUCGAAAAGGGUUGGAUCGUUGAGAAACUUAUCGUAUUGGGGUUAGAUGCAAGCAAGCGGGCGAACUCCCUUGAGAUCAAUGGAGAAGCUGUUGUGGGAGGUUCGGGUAUUGAGUUUUAUGCAUCGGAACAAAGUCAUCAGCUGGAUAAACUAGAGGAUGGAGGGGAUAAGAGGAAAACUGCGAUGGUAGAGGUUAAGGGAUUGUCUUUGGCAGUUGGUAAGAACUUUGAAGUCUCCUGGAAAAUGGGAUAGAAGGUAGAGAGGUAGUUCUCUACUCUAGUUUGUCUGAUUCAACGGCUUUUUUGCUUUCAUAAUUCUCCUUUACUUUGUUUUAAAUUGGUUGGUGGCUUCUGUUUUUGUUUCCUCCUGCUUUUAUGGAAAAGAGAUGAGCUAAAGCAUAUCUUCAUCCUUAUCCAUGGGAACAAGCCUUGUACUUCUUGUGUUCAUCGUUUAUUUAGUUUGAGAAUAAAGUAAGUGUACAACCUUGAGAUGCUUG